CCACCAUUGUUGACCUCCAUUAUUGAUCUUAUCAAGCCUUCUGAAAAUUUCCAGGCUUCAACUAAUAAACCUUUUGUAUCCCUUUGAUCAUCGUCCUCUUUAAGAAUCUCAGAUCAGCUAGCACUAAUUUCUCUCUCUAAAUUUCAACCCAAAACCAUGGCCAUGGGCAUCAGCUCAACUCUUCACAUCUUUCAGGCAAGGCGGGCCAACUUCAAGUGCACCGGCGGCUCGCCGCUUAACCCCUCGGCACGGGCGGCUAAUAACACAGAAAGCUUGAAAAAUCACCUUUCCAACCUUGAGAAGUUGCUUCAGAGUAAGGAAUCGGAGGAAAGGCCGCCGGAAGUGGAAGAAGUCGGUGAUGGGGUGAACGGGGAUGAAGGGAGAGGGCUCCUGGGAGGGCUGAACUUGACCAGGAUUUGGCCGGAGAUGAAGGCGGCGGAGGAGAUGUCGCCUAGGAAUUUGAAUAGGUUGCAGAGGUUGCUGUCGAAGUCGCAGAUGGAAUACUCGCCGCGGAAUGUUCUCGGCCGCCGGUGGCGGGAGUAUCACGGCGGUAAUGACUGGUCGGGUAUGCUGGACCCGCUCGACGACAAUCUCCGGCGGGAGAUGGUCCGGUACGGCGAGUUUAUUCAGGCGGCGUAUCACUGCUUCCACUCCAACCCCGCCACGUCGCCGGAAGAAGGCCCGACGCAUCCCCGGAGCGUGGCCUUGCCGGAUAGGUCAUAUAAGGUGACGAAGAGUCUGUACGCCACGUCAUCUAUCGGUUUGCCCAAGUGGGUGGAUGAUGUGGCGUCGGAUCUCGGGUGGAUGACUCAAAGGUCAAGUUGGAUUGGCUAUGUGGCUGUGUGUGACAACCAACGGGAGAUCCAACGAAUGGGAAGGAGGGAUAUCGUGAUCGCCUUGCGCGGAACUGCCACGUGUCUUGAAUGGGCUGAAAAUGUUAGAGAUUUUCUAGUUCAAAUGCCAGGACAACACGACCCAACCCAAGGACAACCGAAAGUGGAAUGUGGAUUCUCGAACUUAUAUCAAACAGGUGGAGCUCAUAUGCCGAGCCUAGCUAAAUCAGUGGCCGAUGAAGUGAAAAGACUUAUGGAACAAUACAAAGGCGAAGAGCUAAGCAUCACCGUGACCGGGCAUAGCCUUGGGGCAGCGUUGGCCCUUCUAGUGGCCGAUGACCUAAGCACAAUCGCACCGAACGCACCUCCAGUCGCAGUGUUUUCCUUCGGUAGCCCUCGGGUGGGUAACCGAGCCUUUGCUAACCGACUCAACUCAAAAAAUGUUAAGGUAUUACGCAUCGUCAACACUCAAGAUGUCAUCACCAAAGUUCCUGGCAUGUUCGUGAGCGAAUCCCUAGACAAAAAGCUUAGGGAAUCAGGAGCAACAGCAGGGUUACUUAACAUGCUAGACAAUAACAUGCCGUGGGCAUACUCUCAUGUCGGAACAGAAUUAAGAGUAGACACGCGGAUGUCCCCGUUUCUAAAACCUGAUGCAGAUGUAGCGUGCUGUCACGACUUGGAGGCAUAUCUACACUUGGUAGAUGGGUUUCUAGCAUCAAAUUGUCCAUUUAGAUCUAAUGCCAAAAGGAGUUUGGUGAGAUUGGUGAACGAGCAAAGGUCUAACAUCAAAAAGUUGUAUACUAGCAAAUCAAAUAAGCAAAGUAGUCUAAGUCUUGAAACUGCUCAUCUUAGUCAUUUCAAUGCUCCUGCUUUACCUAGUCCAUCUUGAUAUCAUUGAAGAAUGCUUCUUGUACAAAAUAUUAUUUUAGUGUAAUAAUUAAAGUGUUUAUCUUAAUUUUAUCUUC